AUGACCCGAGAUAUCAAGGAUUUAGCGAAAGAGUGGCUGGAGCUCGACGAGGACAAAUCAACGACAGAUGAGAUCUACAAGUUGUUGGUGGAUGGCGAUACCGAGGAACUCGAAAAGCGACUUCGACAUCGUAUUGCCUUCGGAACAGCUGGACUCAGGGGGCCCAUGCAGGGCGGUUUCGCCUGCAUGAACUCUCUGACAGUGAUUCAAGCCUCCCAAGGACUAGCAGCGUACCUACUCAAAACCGAAAAGAACGUUGAGAGAAGGGGUGUGGUCAUUGGGCGGGAUGCGAGGCACAACUCGGAAAAGUUUGCCAAGCUCACCGCAGCUGCAUUCGUCGCAAAGGGCAUCAAGGUGUGGUGGUAUGAGGACCCGAGCCAUACGCCCAUGGUUCCCUUUGGCGUGCGCGAACUCGACGCCGCUGCUGGUAUCAUGAUUACUGCCAGCCACAAUCCGGCCAAAGACAACGGAUACAAGGUCUACUGGUCGAACGGGUGCCAGAUCAUCCCCCCACACGACGUCGGAAUCGCCGAAUCUAUCAUGGAGAAUCUCAAGCCUGUCACUUGGGAUACAACUGUGAUAGAGUCUUCCCUUCUGGUGGAAGGAAGUCUGGAUUUGGUGCAAGACAAGUACCACCAGGCCGUCCUAUGUGCCGCACAGCCCGAGCAUGUCAAGGUCAAGAUAGACCCAGAGCUCAGAUUUGUGUACACACCGAUGCACGGUGUUGGACUUCCCGCGAUGCAGCGAUGCGCAGAGACACUUGGCGUAGCCUCGCAGAUGACCGUGGUGGAAGCUCAAGCACAACCCGACCCCGACUUUCCCACAGUCAAGUUCCCGAACCCUGAAGAGAAGGGUGCGCUCGACUUGGCAAUCGAAACGGCAGAGAAGUCCUCGAUACGCCUGAUUCUCGCCAGCGAUCCCGAUGCAGAUCGACUUGCGGCAGCAGAGAAGGUAGGAGAUAAAUGGCUUAUCUUCAGCGGGAACCAACUCGGAGCGCUGCUUGGAUCUUACCUCUACGAACGCUACCCCGCAUCGAAACCGCGGGAAAAGCUUGCAAUGCUGGCUUCUACUGUCAGCUCCAGAAUGCUCGCAGCCUUAGCGAAGAAGGAAGGCUUCAAGUUUACCGAAACCUUGACCGGGUUCAAGUGGCUUGGAAACGUAGCACGACAACUCGAUAGCGAGGGGUACGAUGUCGUUUACGCAUUUGAAGAAGCGCUGGGAUACAUGAUCCCCCAAACGGUACACGAUAAAGACUCCAUCAGCGCAGCCGCAGUCUUCCUAACCGCGGCAUCGCAUUGGUCCACCCAAGGCCUCACGCCCUACUCCAAGCUGCAACAGCUCUACCAAUACCUUGGCUACUUCGAAGACGCAAACACAUACCUCGUCUCGCCAUCGCCAUCCGUGACGACAUCGGUGUUCACAGCCAUCCGCGCACUGGGCAGCCCCCACCCAACGUCGAUUGGCUCCCGUAAGAUCGCGCGCUGGCGAGACCUGACCCUGGGCUAUGACUCAAAGAGUAAGGACCACAAACCCGAUCUACCGGUUGAUGUCACUAGCCAGAUGAUCACCUGUGAGCUAGAUGAUGGGGCCGUGUUUACAGUCAGAGGCAGCGGGACGGAACCGAAGAUUAAGCUUUACAUUGAGUGCCAGGGGAAGAGCAGUGAGGAGGCGAAGACGGGCGCUAAUGAGAUUUUGGAGGAUCUGCUGAGGGAGUGGUUUAAGCCUGAGGAGAAUGGGUUGAGACUGGCUUAG